AUUAAGGUAGUGGUCACAUAACUGUAAAGAUGGGUUUGGUUUCAUAAAGUUUUUGUCAGUUUUGUUUGUCUUUUUAAACUGGGCAAUUUCCCUGGGAAUUUAACUGAGAUAUCACACAAACAUUAGUUCCAUCCCCUGGAUUCAUUGGUAUAACGUAUCUUUUUUUUCUUGAUGUGGUACAUGGAAGUACAAUUUAUGAAAUAUAGAGUCUAUUGCAUUUGAAAGAUUAAUCUACGUAAAUAGAAUUUUUAAAAACUUGUAGAAAUGUCAAUAAAAAAUUGCUUUGACAAUUUUUGAGGAACAGAUAUUUUACGAUCUAAAAUAAUGUUGUAUUUAACACAGAUUGUGUCACGAUUACAUGAAGGAUCUGCGGAAGUGGUUAUAUAUUCAGAGACUACUAGAUCUGUAGGCUCAGUACUAGACAGUUGUAGUGGGUCUUUUUGGUGGUUUUCUUGUUUUUGUUCUCUGCUUGGAAACCCCCUCUUGUUUGGGAAGUACACAAUUUUGUGAGUCUGUAGGCUAAAGUCUGAAAAGCCUGAUAUUUUCCUUUAUUCUUGGCAGCCAAGGCAGAGGCAUAUGACCUAUGUUGGGUCAGUUGAGUGUCCUUGUCCCAGCUGGGAAUAGGGAAUAGGGUUAGAAGGAAAGCGUAAGAGAUUAGAAUUAGUGCCGCUGGCCUUCCUUUGGCCCCCUGUGUCAGAGUCCAAGCGUCCAGCAGCGGUGGCCCCUUAACCAGGCUGUGCCUUUGGCGUGCAUCCAGCCACCUGCUUUCCUUGGGUUCCUAAGCUAUCUGGUAACCCUCCAGGAAACUUUUCCACAUGGGGACACCAGAAACAGUUUCAGUUUUUGCCUCACUGAUAGAAUCAUUCUUUAGAGUUGUACGAAAACUAUUAGCAGCCUAAGGAUAUGGCAAGGCCAAUUUAUGGGCUCUGCAGUUUUCUAAGUAAUGUUAAGCAGUGAUGAUGAUGGGACAAAGGUCCAGGAGGGCAGAGAUGGCAUCCUGCUUGCUGACACUGGUAUACUCGGCCCUUACCUCACUGCCCCAGCAAACAUAUUCUGUAAUUAUUGGUUUGAUUUGACUUCAAUGAAUAAAAUAAUAACACCCACCAGAAGGCCUCCUCAGUAUCUAGUGUAGAUUUUUGGAUCCUGCCUGCUUUUAAUGUAGAUUUUCCUUAGGAAGGAACAGAACUCAAAAUGAUGACACUAAGGUUUUAAGUUCAGGUAAAUAGACAGCUGUUUUUUCAUUAGAGGAAAUGAGGAAGUCAACAGUUAAGAGAUUGGGUUUCUGCUUUGAUAAAUUGAACCUAUUAAAUGUUAGGGCUUCUACAUUUUCAUAACUACAGGUUAAACAGGUUGUGUCACUCACUACGUAGCUUUGUAUUUGAGAAGGGCACGGUCCCUCCUGCUGGACUUUGAUCCAGCGAAAAUCACUGUUACCUAACAACCUCAGACCGUCACUGGAACACUGGUACGAAGAUUGUUCUGGGCUUUUUUAAAAACAUUUUUGCAUAUAUGAUUUAUUCAGGCUUUCAAAAUGAGUAGAAAACUUUUUAUUGUACUGCUUUUGUUGUUUGUGACUCUGGGAGAAGCAAGGAAAUCAUUUCUCAGUUUUCUGACUAUAGAAAAGACUGAGAUACUAUUUUUCACAAAGACUGAAGAAACUAUCAUUGUAAGAUCAAGUUACAAGGAUAAAUGGCCAAACUCUAGUUACCUCUUUGUGCAACUAGAAGAUCCGAAAAUGCUGCGAGUGGUGAAUGUGACCAAGACCUUAUCGGAUGUUACAAACUUCACCAUAAACCUAGUAACAGAUGAAGUUGGAGAGACGAAUUUGACCAUUCAGCUGUGGGAUUCUGAAGGUAGGCAAGAAAGACUCAUUGAAGAAAUAAAGAAUGUCAAAGUCAAAGUGCUCAGACAGAGAAAAGAUGAUCUUUUCCAGGCAUCAAUGCGUAUUGAUAGAAAUAUCCUAAUGCUUUUUCUGCCAUUGAUACUGUUAAAUAAAUGUGCAUUUGGUUGCAAGAUUGAAUUAGAGGUGUUUCAAACAGUAUGGAAGAAACCUUUGCCAAUAAUUCUUGGGGCAGUUACGCAGUUUUUUCUUAUGCCCUUUUGUGGAUUUCUUUUGACUCAGAUUUUGGCAUUGCCUGAGGCACAGGCGUUUGGAUUUAUAAUGACCUGCACCUGCCCAGGAGGGGGUGGGGGCUAUCUCUUUGCUCUGCUUGUAGAAGGAGACAUCACUUUGGCCAUUUUGAUGACUUGCACGUCAACGUUAUUGGCCUUGAUAAUGAUGCCUGCCAAUUCUUAUAUAUACAGUAGAAUGUUAGGGUUAUCAGGUACCUUUCAUAUUCCCGUUUCUAAAAUCACGUCAACACUCCUUUUCAUCCUUAUACCUAUAUCAGCUGGAAUAGUCAUCAAGCGUAGGAAACCUGAAAAAGCAAAGCUUCUGGAGAGAAUAAUUAGACCUUUGAGUUUUAUUUUAAUGUCUGUAGGGAUUUAUAUGACUUUCAGAAUAGGAUUAAUGUUUCUAAAAACAGUUAGCCUAGAGGUGCUUCUGUUGGGUGCCUUAGUUCCUACUUUGGGUUUGUCGUUUGGGUACUCCUUUGCUACAAUUUCUAUGCUGCCUCUUCCUGUUUGUAAAACUGUUGCUAUUGAAAGUGGCAUACUAAAUAGUUUCUUGGCCCUUGCCAUUAUUCAGCUCUCCUUUUCACAGUCCAAGGCAAACUUAGCUUCUGUGGCUCCUUUUACAGUAGCCAUGUGUUCUGGAUGUGAAAUGUUAGUGAUCCUUCUGGUCUACAAGGCUAGGAAAACAUGGAUCCUUAGAGAAGAUAAAAGAAAAAACAUUCCCUUGGCCUAACAAUUAAAGCAUUAUUGAAUUCCUGCUCUGAAUGAGGUACUGUGGGAGACUCAAAGAAUAUCUAAAAUGAUACCUGCUCUCAAUCCACUUAUCUGAUUGAAAACUUGACAUUAGGGGGGAAAUGUAUGUGUAAUCAUAUGUGCUAAACACCCUGUGAGUAGUACAGACAGUUAAUUGUACAGGAAUUCUGAAGAAGGAGACCACUUUCAAGUGUGUUGGUUUGGAAAUGUUUUAUAGAGUUGGAUUUCAAUAUGAUACUUCAUUAUGGUCUCAUAAGUGGCAAAGGGCAAUUAAAAAAACUCCUAUGACAGAUUAGUGGUUACCAGAGGGGAAGGAGAUAGGGGGAGGGUAAAAGGAGUAAAGGGGCACAUAUGUAUGGUGACGGAUAGAAACUAGACUCUUGGGGGUGAGCAAGAUGCAGUCUAUACAGAAACUGAUAUAUAAUAACAUAUACCUGAAAUUACACAGUUAUAAUUUUAUAAACCAAUAUGACCUCAAUAAAACAAUUUAACAAGAAUUCCUGGGGCUGG